AUGGAAGAAAGUUUAACUAUGGGCGAUAGUCGACAUCAUGAUAAUAGUUAUGUGUCGACUUGUACUAUACGUGGUGCACCUAUUGUAAGUUUAAUUACUGAUGGAAAGGAACGGUUAUGUCUGGCACAGAUAUCAAAUGAUUUAUUGAAAGAUUUUAGUUACAAUGAAAUACAUAAUCGACGCGUUGCAUUGGGUAUCACUUGUGUUCAAUGUACACCUGUUCAACUAGAAUUGUUGCGGCGAGCAGGUGCUAUGCCAAGUUCAUCACGACGUUGUGGAAUGAUAACACGUCGAGAAGCCGAACGUUUAGUGAACUCAUUUCUUGAGUCGACUAAACCAUUGAAUCUACCAGAGAACUUCGUUUUUGAAGUCUACCAUCAUUGUGCGUGGGGAUGCCGUGGUCUAUUCAUUCCAAUACGGUACAAUAGUUCACGAGCAAAAUGUAUCCGAUGUUCCUAUUGCGACAGUUUUCUUUCACCAAAUAAGUUCAUCUUUCAUUCUCACCGUUUACCUAAUAUGUCCUACGUGCAACCUGAUAGCCCAAAUUUUAAUGCAUGGCGUCGUCAUUUGCGUUUACAUAAUCCAACGCAGAGUGAAGAUUUACGAGACGCAUGGGAAGAUGUCAAAGCGAUGUUCAAUGGUGGCAAUCGAAAACGUACGGCAUCGGCAACGACCAUUUCGAAAUCUUCGGCAACGAAUCAUAAUAACAAUAAUACUUCAGGCACUACUGAAAAUAUUAAUCAUACUGAAGAGAUCAACGAUGAAGACAAAGAAGAGACAGAAGAAACAGAAGAAGAUGACGGAGAAAAGCAUGAAGAUAAAGAAAUCGAAGUAGACGACGAAGAGGAAGAAGUCAUGUUGCCAAUUCCACCACCACCUAAAUUGUCAAAAACUAAAACACGAGAAAGACGACUACCGACACAUAAUGUCGUUUCGUCAACAACAACGGAUGAACAAUUGCCCGAUAUGAACAUGUUUCUUCCUCCUCCACCACCUCCCCCUUUGUCAAUACCAUCUCUUCCAGCAUCUCAUUAUUUUCCAUUUCCACCCCCAUUACCAUCAUCCAAUCCUCUAUCUCUCGUUUCAUUUAAUUCGACAGAUUGGUUACAAUUUUUUCGUUCACCAUUAUUUGUACCAAGCUCUUUCCGUUUACCAUUAUCCACUAUUCCGCGGCGAUUUCCAUUUGAGAUCAAUAAUCAAAACCCAUCUAUCAUUGGUAGUGGUUCACAUUCAGCUUUCAAGCCACCAAUUCAAAAAAAUGAAUAA